UAUGAACCGAUCGACUUUAGUGGCCCUGCGAUUCGACUUCUUCGUCUCUGCAGAGGAGUUGGUAGCGAGAUAUCCUGCGAACUCUUUCAGGCCAGCCUAUGUGAGCGAGAUGAUUCGAUAUCAUACGAGGCUCUGUCCUACACCUGGGGCGAACCCGAUGUUCGAGAACAUAUUGUCGUAAAUGGCAGACCACUGAGCGUCACGAUAAAUCUUUAUUUUGCGCUCCAGCAGCUUCGCCAGCCAGAUAAAGACCGAAUAUUAUGGAUAGAUGCAGUUUGCAUUAAUCAGAAAAUUUUGAAGGAGCGAAGUCAUCAAGUUCAGCAGAUGGGAGAGAUCUAUAAGCAGGCCGACCGCGUGGUAGUUUGGCUCGGCCCUGGGACGGAUGAGACCGAUGUCUUUAUAAAGUCUAUGGAGCUCUUGCAAAAAAAGAGCAUCCGCCAACAAUGCAGAUCCUGGGCGCGAGAAGACGACCGGUGGAAGACGCUCUGGGGCGAGAUUCAGCUGGAGCUCAGCUUUUCUUAUGAAAAGUCAACCUUGGAAGAUCAACAACGCCAAGGGCUGAAUAUUCUCCUGGACAGGCCCUGGUUCCGAAGAGUUUGGAUAUUACAAGAAGUGGCAAAUGCCAAAUCCGCAUUGCUAUGUUGCGGUACACGAUCUGUCUCGACCCGUGUCUUCGCCAUCGCCCCGCUGAUGUUGGGCGUUUCUCCCAGCGCGCAUUGCCAGGCAGUUUUAGACAUUAUGCCGGGACUAUGGAGAGAGACUACCUGGUGGAACAAAAACAACAGUCUGUAUACCCUGCUGAAAAUGUUUGGCACAAGCGAGGCUACGGAGUCGCGGGAUCUUAUAUAUGCACUAAGAGGAAUUUCUUCGGACGCAAGAGAUUCGAAUGCUUUGUUACCGGAUUACGAAAAAUCUGAGGAACAGCUCACCCGAGAUGUCAUUCGCUUUAUCUAU